AUGUCAAUCAUCAUAUGUACGAUUUUCUUGUUUCUCUUAAACGUUUCAUCUGCGUUUGCGUUUACAUUUCCCAAACCGUCACUCGCAAGGCAACUAUCGGAAUCAGAGACAUCAAACGCAACAAAUUCCUGCUCAGCAACUGGAAAUCCAAUCGACGACUGCUGGAGAUGCGACCAAAACUGGAAAGACAACCGCAAGAACCUCGCGGACUGUGCUGUCGGAUUCGGACGCGACUCAACCGGCGGUAGAGACGGCGAGUACUACACCGUAACCGACUCAGGAGACGACGAUCCUCUAAACCCGUCUCCAGGCACACUACGGUACGCCGCAACGCAAGAACAGCCUCUAUGGAUCAUAUUCGAUCGUGACAUGGUGAUAAAACUAAAAGAAGAUGUUCUAGUCAAGUCGUAUAAAACCAUAGACGGAAGAGGAAACAACGUGCAGAUAGCUUAUGGGCCGUGUUUGACUUUAUAUAAAGUAAGUAAUGUGAUCAUAAACAAUAUUUAUAUCCACGACUGUGUUCCGGCGGCACGGUCUUUGGGAGGAGGUUACUCGGACGGAGAUGGGAUCUCUAUAUUUGAGUCACGUGAUAUUUGGAUUGAUCAUUGUACGUUGGAGAAGUGUUACGAUGGGCUUAUUGAUGCAGUGAGUGGGUCCACGGAUAUAACGAUAUCGAAUAAUUACAUGUUGAAUCAUAACGAAGUCAUGCUUUUGGGUCAUAGUGAUGAGUUUACCGGUGAUCGAGAUAUGAGAGUUACGAUCGCUUUUAACUAUUUUGGUCAAGGACUUGUCCAGAGAAUGCCCAGGUGCAGGCAUGGGAAUUUUCACAUAGUGAAUAACAUUUAUAGGGAGUGGGAGAUGUAUGCUAUUGGUGGAAGUGCUAAUCCAACGAUCUUUAGUCAAGGAAAUGUUUUCAUAGCUUCUGAUAAUCAGUUCACAAAGGAGGUGACAAAGCGAGAGAAUGCAGAAGGAGACGAUGGAUGGAUGGAAUGGAAUUGGAAAUCAGAAGGAGAUGAAAUGAUUAACGGCGCUUUCUUUACACCGUCAGGGAAUGAGGAUUCUCCGAGCUAUGCGAAAAUGUCAAGUAUGGUUGCUCGACCAGCUUCACUUCUCGAGAUCACACAUCCAUCAGUUGGUGUUCUUAGUUGCCAAAAUGAUCAACCUUGUUAG